GAAUACGGUUGAUUUGCCAGCCGAAACCCACGUGCAACACUUCUCAACGCCAACCCAACUCAGUCACUCGCUUACCUGGUACUUGAACUUCAUCUUCAAUUUCCAAUUGGUACAAGUACAAAUUCGACAGGGUGAUGGAGUGACUCGGCGGGCAUCCCAUCGCUUGCCCAAGUCUGCAACUUCGAAACUCCUACACAACUGCGAAAGCCACAGCACAAGGAGUGUACCUCGCCGAGUGGAGUUACAGUGAAUACAGUUAGGCAGUGGAUUCAUUGCCUUCUGGCACUGCCCUCUUUACUGCACAAACUUAGGCCCCGGUGAGAAGGCUUGGGUGGACUGACAACGGGCGGACACCGAGCGGUGAACGCCCGAUUUGGGAAAACACAAUCCCACGCCGCCACCAUGCUCUGUCUACUGACACCAGCCUCUGCUGGGUUGAGGAACGGCGCUGCUGCUGGGCUCGGCAAGGCGGGCUUGCUUGGCGGGACGAGGUGGCAGCACAGUGUGCUUACUCGCCCAGUCCGAACCCCAUCACAUCCCAAGCUUCUUACACGGCCGAGAUGGUUUGUGGUGUCCAGCAGGUGGAGGCGUGAUGGACAGAAAACGACCGGGAGCCAAGAGAGUCCGGCAGCAGGUAACCAAAUGGAAAGCAGUCCCAAUUCACCCAAGAAAGGCCCUGCGUCCGCGCUACGCAAGAUGCUGCCCGGCAUGGCCAAGGCGAGCGUACACGAGAACAUCUACACCCUCCCUAACUUCCUGACCGCCUCCCGUCUCGUAGCCGCGCCCUUCAUUGGGUACUGCAUCCUCCACGACUACAAUUCCAUGGCCUUCGGUCUGUUCGCCUACGCCGGCAUCACCGACCUCCUGGAUGGCUGGAUUGCCCGCCGCUGGAACCUCAAGACGGUCGUCGGCACCGUUAUCGACCCCAUGGCCGACAAGACACUGAUGACCGUCUUGACCGUGGCCCUGGCCAUGAAAGCGGCGCUGCCAAUCUGGUUAGCCGUCAUUAUUCUUGGCCGAGACGUCGGCCUGGCCAUCUCGGCCAUCUACUACCGCUGGAUCUCGCUGCCGCCGCCCAAGACAUUUGCGCGGUAUUGGGACUUCUCGCUGCCCUCGGCCGAGGUGCGCCCGACCCUCAUCAGCAAGUACAACACGGCCCUGCAGUUGGGGCUGAUGGGGCUAACCACCCUCGCGCCUGUGAUUUCCGCGGUGGACCUGGGCACCACGCUCGGCGUCAUGCAGUACGUCGUGGCGGCGACGACCGUCUGGAGUGGUGCUAGCUACAUUUACAGCAAGGACGCCGUCAAGAUUCUCACGCCAACGCAGGCUGGGAAAGAGAAGGUGGAGGACAAGCAGACGGGGCCCAGGUGAGGUCGAUGGACAGGCAUCUCUACGCAACCUCGGACGCCCAGCGCACAGCACUGGACGAGCAUGAUCAUCCGCUACCCUUCUGCUAAUACCCUCCGCCGUCCUUUGUGGGACCUGCAGUUGUAAGAUAGCCCUGCGUAGCCGGGAGCGUUGUUCAAGUACCCUGUAGACCGCACCUUGUAUGCGCCCUUUUUCGAAUACCUAGCAAGCAAAUACCAUGCAACUUUCUCU